CGCCGGUGUCUGUAUGCAUGUUAUCGGUCUUGUUGUUCUGAACACAUGGUACCGGUACUACAGCCGACUCGGAUCUGCACGUAUACAUAGCGGCAAAUAGGCAUAUACAGUGUGUUCGGAGAGAACGAUACAUCUACCUCAGAGAUGGUGGACUGGCGCGAUGCCUGGCGAUACAGCCUUGGGGGGGAACCUCCAGUUGAUUACCCCCCACACUACAUCGGUUCCAUCUUUUUUCUCAUCAUUACCACCAUGGUCGGCUCUUCUCUGAGGGUCAUCAACAGAGCUGUGACCCCAGCCGAGCUAAGAAGACCCGUCGCUGACUUCAUCUCGACCUUCCAAACCUGCGCGAGCAGUCUGGAGAAUGCGCACGUCUUAAAACAUUACGGGUUCCCCGGCCUCUCCGUGUACAUCUUCAUCCAGUGUGUCAUCUUCAUUGUGACUUACGGAGACUCACAAGCCUCACCCACGGGCAACUUCCAGAGGUGGUUUGAAGGGGGGCUCUCGGUGAACAACGCCCUGUUCCGGAUCGCCUUGCAGAUCCUGGCGGCCUACGCGUCGUACAAAUACGCGUUGGCUGUGUGGGCGGUGGACUUGCUACCAGAACACAAGGUCAAACUUGAGGCCACGGAAUGUAUGACUGACCUGAACGUUAGCUUGCUCACAGGGUUCGGGCUGGAAACCGGCGCAACGCUUCUGGAUACCUGGAUGGGUAUGCAAAUCCUCCUCAACUCCCAGAGGCUCGACACCAGCGUCAAAGCUGCCAUACAAACGAUCAUGAUAGUGCUAGGUUUGCAAUUGACGGGAAUGUAUUUCAACCCGUCGAUGGCGUCCGCUAACACAUUCGGCUGUAAAGGCACGGACGUGUGGGAGCACGUGGUCGUCUACUGGGUGGGACCGUUUGUGGGCUGUCUACUCGCCAGUAUUGCUAACCGUACUUAUCAUCUGUCCCGCGCUGAAAUCUCCGAGAAAAAGACACAGUAG